CACCACCUCCAGGCGCGUAAAGUGUAAAGUGCGGUUCGAGCCUUUCAAUGAAAGACCUGUCCAACCCCCAGCUUCAUUGUUCUUGAUUACUUUUAGACCCAACGGAUUGUCCUGUAUCGCUUUGUGCGCGCCUGUCGCUUUACUACUCUACAAAACUGAGCGAACAACUGACGCUUUGCUAUCAUCAAAAUUUCGUGCAAGCUAAUCAGAGGUUCUUCGCCAAUAUGAAGAAACUCCCCUUUAAACCCACCGCGCUGCGCAAGGCCGCGCCAAAACCAAAACCAACAGAGUCCGAGGAUUCCAAGGACAGCGACGACGAUGGCCUUUCUCUGUUCCGCCGCUCAAAGGAGAUGGCGCCUAUCAUGGCAGCUGAUCAGCAAAGGCGUUGGAGGAGACAUAGAGAAGCUGAGCAGGAAGCUGAGCGCAAACGACUUGAGGCCAUUGGGGAGAAACGACCGCGAGAAGACUCCCCAGAUAGUGAUGGGCUCACCAACAAGGACCCUGGCCCCAAGGUCAGCGACGGCCUACCUUCCUUGCCUGGACGGGCAGAGGGGACUCCUGUUACCGAUCAGCCACUGACACAAGACGGAGCGGAUCGUACUAGUGAACUUGUCACUCCUCCUUCGUCAAAACGGUCAAGGCUUGACUCAAGCUCGGCCCAGAAGCCUACACUUAGUUCGCAACUCGACAUAGACGAAGACCCUUUCCCAGAUGCAUCGCCAACUCGGAGAUUGGGGCCGAUUCGUAACCCCCCUACUCCAAGUCGAAACCUGAAGACAGAAGGAUUCAAACCACAGGCCAAACCAAGUACAGAUCCUAUAACGAUUGACUCGGAUUCGGAAUCCGACUCAGAACCUCCCAAGCCCAAGACUGACUUGUCAUCGAGGCCGAGAAGUAGCAGUAUCGAACUUGCGGAGCGGACCUUGAAGCCUUCUAAGGAACCAAGCCCACCACCAGUGGAGGAGGAUGAGUUCGCAGAGUACAUUCGCAAAGCCGAAGAGAAGCGCGCCCGCCAACAGGCUCUUCAAGCUAACAAGUCUGAGGAGCAGUCCAAGGAGGCCUUUAACAUUUUUAUCACCAGCACGAUUCCUCAUACUGUACCCCUGCAAGUGAGGUUUUCAUUUAACAAACCCCUUCGCAUAGUUCGAGAUGCGUGGGUCAAGCACCAAAUGAAUAAAGGCGUUUCCAUACAAGCAGACGAUGUGACUCUCACCUGGAACAACAAAAAAGUAUACAACACUUCCACCCUAAUUGGCCUGGGCAUUCGCCCAAUCGGCAAUGGACGUGCUGUGAGCGACAGCCAAGGUUCCGCAGGCUUCAGAGAGAACAUGACUUCGAUGAACGUGCAAGCCUGGAAUCCAGAACUCUUUCAGAAGAUGGAGCAGGAGCAGGAACUCCAGCGGAAGCGCGACGCUGGUGAACUUUCUGACGAGGAAGAGGAGAAGCCGGCCGAGAGAAUCAGGUUCGUGAUCAUGCUCAAAGGACGGGAUGUUGAACCGCUGGCUUGCAAGAUCCUCCCUGAGACGACUGUGGAAACGCUCAUCUCCUACUUCCGUCAACAGCGUAAUGUUGGCUCAGACAAGCAGGUAUCUCUUUGGUGGGAUGGCGAGCGGCUCGAGGAGCACGUGGAGAUGAAGGAUGCCGAGAUCGAGGCUCAAGACACAAUCGAAGUGCAUAUUGAUUAAAGCGAGCUCAGUCGUAGCACGAUAUUUUUUGGCAUGAUAGGUUGUUGCAGGUGGAGGUGGACGACGGCGCUGAAGGAUAUGACAUGAUACCCAGGGAAACCCCUUUUGAGACUUAGCUAUGACGAUUUCACCACGCAAUUGACGUUGCUCUUUCGUUAUUCAUUUGUUACG